AUGGAGAGUCGAAAACGAAAAUCCGAGCUCGAGCUCUACAUCGACAAAUUGACGGAUCCGCCAGAGAAGCAGAAGAAGAUGGCCGAAUUCUACAACAGUCUCCGUCUAUUCUACAAACGACGAUGGAACGCUCAACUGAAGCUGCCACACGUGCAAGGAGUUGAAGUCAACCUCUAUCGUCUCUAUGAUACAGUGAUGGCGUUGGGUGGUUGGCAGAAAGUGGCGGCCGGCGAUAAAUGGUCGGAUAUCGCUGAAAUGUUCGGCUGCAAAGACGACAUUUUGUGUGGUGAUCAUGCGAUUAAAUUGAUCUAUAUGAGGUAUUUAUCGAAAUUCGAACAAGUCGAAACGAUCGGAGAUGUUGAUGACUAUGUGGAUAAUGAGAUGUCGAGAAGUCGAGGGAGGAAUGCCACUUCGUUUUUCGCCACGAACGAUAAUCCAAUGAGCAUUGAGCGGCAUCAUAUAGUGCAGACUUAUCGGGACGAGCGAGGACAGAUUAUCAAUGAUCCGGACUAUGCGAGACUCACGAAAUCGUUGUUGUCGGGGUUGCCGAAUGAGAUAGACUUUGCGAUGAAUGUAUGUAUGCUAUUAUCACAUGCCGGUCCAAAGCAGAUUCGGAUAAGUCACGCGCCACAUCUUCUUACCUUGUUGGUAGCGCAUACGGGUGUUUAUGAUGAAGAAGACAAAUCUAUGAAAGAUCUCGGUGUCGACUGGGCCAAAACGACUCGCCACGAUUUCCGAAGCUUUUGGGCUCAAUCCGGUGUCCCUUUGGAUCUCCUUAUGGCAUUCCUAGACCGAGAAAUCGAGUCUGAAUACGUGGACGAUGAUGACCCAUUUUUCACGGGAGUCUCUCAUAAGUACGAUGUUAAGGAUACACGAUGUUGGCGACUGAAUCAAGUUAUCACCGUUAUUCGAAAUCUAUCUUUCGAAGCUGUGAAUCGGGUCACUAUGGUGAAGUCGUGGCCUGUAAUGAAGUUCCUCAUAAUGUGUGCAUAUAGUAAAUGGUCUCCGCUGAAUGUCGCUGCACUUGAUACGAUCAGCAACUUGGCAACUGAUAUCGAUCUCACUGACAAAGCACUAGUCUACGUCUCGCAACAUGCAAUCCUUCGCAUAAUCAACGAAUGCAUCUUCAGUCCCGACAAACUGAAACUAAUCAGAGCCAUGGAAAUCCUAACGGGUCUUUGUAGUUUCGAAGGAAACGAAACUAUAAUUUGCGAUUGGCUGAAACCGGAAAUCAUUGCUCAUAUUUAUGAAAUCGUCGGAGUCAAGGAUAUCAUGAUGUGUGUCUACGUGCUGGAGUGUCUCUAUCAGAUCUCUGAAAUGGGAGACACCGCGUGUGAUAUGCUCUCCGAGUCGGCGAAAUCAAUCCAACAGCUGGUCUCCAUGGCAACACUUGAAGCGGUGUCGUUUGGUCCAGCCGGCCUUGCUGGAAUGAAAGUUGUCGAGUAUCAACCCAACUUUGGGCACCCUGCCCCAUCACAACAACAACAACAUCCACAGCAACAACAAGUUCAACACCAUCAAUACGCCCAGCGAAUGGUUCCAGGACCCAGCCAUCAACAUCACCAAACUCCUCAUCAAGCUCCUCAUCCAGCCCAACAACAACCACCAAUGACCGUUCGCCAAGUGAUUCAGAAUAAUCUGGCUCUACAACAAGCUCAACAGCAAAUGAAUCCACAAAUUGCACCAGCUCCUCAUCCCGCAAACUCGCACUAUUCCCACCCACCCAAUGGGAAAUUCGAUAGAAGAACUGGAACGCUGCCCGUGAAGCCUAUCGCACCUUCUAACGCCAACUCGGGCGAAGGCCAACUAGAACUGCUCACUGAGAAAUGGAUCAAACAGAACUGUGUAUUCGAACCGGCAAUGUCGACUGCACGCGGGGAGCUCUACGCUGCGUAUGUUGACGAUUUGAGGACCUAUCAUCAUUCGAUGAGUGGAAGUCUGGCAAUGUUCAGUGGAGUCAUGAAGAACUUGUAUCCGGAUGUCAACUUCCGAAUGGCUCAGAAUGGAGUUAUGAUUGUGGCGCAAGGCAUUCGACUAGUCCGUCCUCAUCGUCUGGCUCCAGCUGGAUCGGCACAAGCGGCUCCUCUGGAUCAGAAUCCACUAAUGAGGAAAAUGCUAACAGAGCCAUCGUCGUCAUCAGAAGCGCUUCAGGCAGAACCUGCUGCCAACGGUGUGAUGGUCAACGGUCAUGCAAGCACAUCUGGAGAACCUGCCGAAGAGGAAAAAUCUCCUGAAUCUCCAACUGAAAAAAAAUCACCAUCUCCCGCAGCCGUGAAUGGUACUGUAGAAGUGUGUCAGGAGCCAAUUCAAGCAUCCAAGCUGUUCGACGAGAACGACGCAAAUCAAGUGGAAGUCAACGAAGUGGCGAUUGAGAUUCGGGAUCAGUUCGUGAACGAAUCCGACGCUGUCAAACUGGAGGUAGUAGAGAAAGACAAGGAAAAAGACAAGGAGAAAAUCAACGGAAUCAUUUGCAAUGGACACACAAAGGCGCCGAAAAAGGAUACGGUAGCCAGUCGAGCUGCUCAUAUUGUUGCAGUCGCCGCUGCCUGUAACGGUGACCUGGAGAAGAUGAAUGGUGUCACAGAGAGCAAUGGAAACUUGGUUAGGAAGGAGGAAAAGGAAAAAGACGCCCAGAAAGCAGAAGAAGGAGAAGAAGAAGCGCAAAAAGAAGUAGAAGCUCAAAAGGAAUCGCCAAAGGAGCCAGUAGAGGAAGACAAGCCAAAAGAAGCCGUCACAGCAGAGCCACAGUCAGAUCGUAAAUGUGUUCCUGUCUGCUCGACACCAACUGACUACAUGUGCGAUUGGGAUUGCUGCUCCCUGUACUACUUCUCUCCUUCCCACGUCCUCAAGCACUUAUCCGAAGAACACGUGGCAGAGGAGCUUCGUGUACUGUGCCGCUGGAAUGGCUGCGCUGACCCAACGCCUCGUAAUCGCUGGUCCCUUAUCACCCAUAUCCAGGAUGUGCAUUGCAACGAGACACAGUUAAAACAGGCGGCACAACGGAGAAAAGACGGGGUUGUGAUUCCUACCGUACGACGAUCGGAAAUCAUUCCACGCGAUUUGAACAAUCAUCCGGGAUACGCUACGAACGCUGCUAACGAAGCUAUCCGAAGACACGCCUUCAACUUUUUGACUCGAGAACUUCCGGAUGAAGCCGAAGGUCCAGUGACGAAGAGUAUUCGAUUGACGAGUUGUUUGAUUCUCAGAAACCUGGCGAGAUAUUCAUCUGAUGGGCGACAGAAGCUUCGACGUCACGAGUCGCACAUCAGCUGGUUGGCAUUAUCCAAGCUAGAAAGCUCGCAUGCUCUCUCCCAAUUGCUAUCAGAGUUGCAUCAAGCGCCAGCUGCAGAGGAGGAAUCCCAAAAGUCAUUAUCGCAGGCUCCAUCAUCCGCAUCGUUGUCUUCAAUGGCUGGAAGUUCGUCUCAGCUGCCGCCGAUUCCUGAUUCGCCGACUACACAAUUGACGGAGGAGCCAUUCCGAAAACCAGUUCCCAAACCAGUGGCUCCAGUGAAUAGGAUGUUGAAUUUCUCAUCUUUGGGACCUUCCACGUCUUCUGAUAAGCCAUCUACGUCAUUCGCCGCCCGACACCAGCCAAUUCAACAUCUUCCCACCCAACCGUCACCGUUGGUUCAAACGACACCUCUCCGCGCUGGCGCUGGAAAUUAG